ACAGAGGAACAUCUGGAGGAACACAGAGGAGAACAGAGCAGAGUCUCCAUCACUCAGCUGUGUUUCUAUGAAGAGUGACCGGUCCAAAGAUCAUCCUCCUGUAUUCAGUAAUGAUCCUGGAGCAGCAGAUCCAAGAUGGGCUUCAGGCUGGAACCCACAGAGGAACAUCUGGAGGAACACAGAGGAGAACAGAGCAGAGUCUCCAUCACCCAGCUGUGUUUCUAUGAAGAGUGACCGGUCCAAAGAUCAUCCUCCUGUAUUCAGUAAUGAUCCUGGAGCAGCAGAUCCAAGGCUGGACCAGCAGAACUCAGAAGCACACAAGGAUCCACGUGAAGAGCAAAAUAAAACCGACCUGGACUCCAUAUUUCAGUUGCUGGAGAACACCAUUAUUAGUUUUGUGAAGCACGAGCUGAAGAGGAUCUGGACGAUUCUGAGAGCAGAUAACCCAGAAAACUUAGUGAAUCAUUGGGAGGGUGAGAAGUGGUUGGAAGGUGAUGAUGAAGUGCAGGAGAGGAACACCAAAGAAGCUUUUAUAAAAAUCACUCUGACUGUCCUGAGGUGGAUAAAUCAGAAGGGGCUAGCUGACUGUCUACAGAGCAGGCUUUUUUCCUUAAUUUGUCAUGAUAAACUAAAAUCCAGACUGAAAAAGAAGUUCCAGUGUGUGUUUGAGGGGAUCGCUAAACCAGGAAAUCCAACGCUUCUGAAUCAGAUCUACACAGAGCUCUACAUCACAGAGGGGGGGACUGGAAUGGUCAAUGAUGAACAUGAGGUCAGACAGAUUGAAAUAGCGUCCAGGAAACCACGUGGUGCAGAUAGAACAAUCAGACAAGAAGACAUCUUUAAAGUGCUACCUGGAAGAGAUCAUCCAAUCAGAACAGUGAUGACAAAGGGAGUAGCUGGCAUUGGGAAAACAGUCUUGACAAAGAAGUUCACUCUGGACUGGGCUGAAGGCAAAGCCCACCAGAACAUCCAGUUCAUAUUUCCAUUCACCUUCAGAGAGCUGAAUGUGCUGAAAGAGAAAAAGUUCAGCUUGGUGGAACUUGUUCAUCACUUCUUCACUGAAACCAAAAGAAUCUCCAGCUUUGAUCACUUCCAGGUUCUGUUCAUCUUUGAUGGUCUGGAUGAGAGUCGACUUCCUCUGGACUUCCAGAACAAGGAGAUCCUGACUGAUGUUACAGAGUCCACCUCAGUGGAUGUUCUGCUGACAAACCUCAUCAGGGGGAAACUGCUUUCCUCUGCUCUCCUCUGGAUAACCACACGACCUGCAGCAGCCAAUCAGAUCCCUCCUCAGUGUGUUGGCAUGGUGACAGAGGUCAGAGGGUUCAAUGACCCACAGAAGGAUGAGUACUUCAGGAAGAGAUUCAGAGAUGAGGAGCAGGCCAGCAGGAUCAUCUCCCACAUCAAUAGAUCUAGAAGCAUCCAGAUAAUGUGUCACAUUCCAGUCUUCUGCUGGAUCACUGCUACGGUUCUGGAGGAUGUGUUGGAGAACAAAGAGGGAGGAGAGAUGCCCAGCACCCUGACUGAGAUGUAUAUCCAUUUCCUGGUGGUUCAGGCCAAAGUGAAGUUGGUCAAGUAUGAUGGAGGAGCUGAGACAGAUCCACACUGGAGUCCAAAGAAUAGGGAGAUGAUUGAGUCAUUAGGGAAACUGGCUUUAGAUCAGCUGGAGAAAGGAAACCUGAUCUUCUAUGAAUCAGACCUGCAUGAGUGUGGCUUCAAUAUCACAGCAGCCUCAGUUUACUCAGGAGUGUUCACACAGAUCUUUAGAGAGGAGAGAGGACUGUAUCAGAACCAGGACAAGGUGUUCUGCUUCGUCCAUCUCAGUGUUCAGGAGUUUCUGGCUGCUCUUCAUUAUCAUCAGACGAAGAUCAGCUCUGCAAAUCAAGAUCUAAUAAAACUUUCAGUUAUGUCUAAGCUUUUGAGCAACCAAAAUCUAAAGUAUCACCACCAGAGUGUUUUGGAUAAUGCCUUAAAGAGCCCAAAUGGACAUCUGGACUUGUUCCUGCGAUUCCUUCUAGGUCUUUCAGUUGGGACUAAUCAGACUCUCCUUCAUGGUCUGCUGAUGAAGACAGAACUUAGUGCAGAAGGUAAUCAGGAUAUAGUUCAAUACAUCAAGAAGAAGAUCAAUGAGAAUCUGUCUGCAGAGAAAACCAUCAACCUGUUCCAUUGUCUGAAUGAACUGAAGGAUCGUUCUCUGGUCCAGGAGAUCCAACAGUCUCUGAGAUCAGGAAGUCUCUCCACAGAUAAACUGUCUCCUGCUCAGUGGUCAGCUCUGGCCUUCAUCUUAGUGACAUCAGGAGAAGAUCUAGAUGUGUUUGACCUGAAAAAAUACUCCCCUUCAGAGGAAGUUCUUCUCAGACUCCUGCCAGUGGCCAAAGCCUCAAAAAAAAAUCUGCUGAAUGACUGCAACCUCUCAGAGAAAAGCUGUGAAGGUCUGGCCUCAGUUCUCAGCUCCCAGUCUUCUAACCUGAUAGAGAUGGACCUCAGUAAUAACAAGCUGCAGGAUUCUGGAAUAGAGGCGCUAUCUUCUGGACUAAUGAGUCCACACUGUGAAGUGGAAACUCUCAGACUUAAUAACUGUAACCUCUUAGAAAGAAGCUGUGAAGUUCUCGCCUCAGUUCUCAGCUCCCAGUCUUCCAAUCUGAGAAAGAUGGACCUGAGUACAAACAAGCUGCAGGAUUCUGGAGUGGAGCUGCUGUCUUUUGGACUGAAGAGUCCAAACUGUAAACUGGAAACUCUCAGACUGAAUGACUGUAACCUCUUAGAGAGAAGCUGUGAAAUUUUGGCCUCAGUUUUCAGCUCCCAGUCCUCUAAUCUGAAAGAGAUGGAUCUUAGUUGCAACAUGCUGCAGGAUUCUGGAGUGGAGCUGCUGUCGUCUGGGCUGAAAAGUCCAAACUCCAAACUGGAAACUCUCAGAUUAGAGCCUGAUGGAGUCAGAUGGUUGAAGCCAGGUCUGAGGAAGUAUUCCUGUCAGCUCAAAAUCGACACAAACACAGUGAACAGAGAACUGGAACUAUCUGAAGAAGACAAGAAGGUGACACGUAUGGAGGACCUUACAUUAUAUCCUGAUCAUCCAGACAGAUUUGACUACUGGGUUCAGCUGCUGUGUAGUGACGGUCUGACUGGUCGCUGUUACUGGGAGGUUGAGUGGAGAGGAGAUGUUUUUAUAUCAGUGAGUAACAGACGAAUCAAGAGGAAAGGAGAUAGUAGAGACUGUGUAUUUGGGUGGAAUAAUCAUUCCUGGAGUCUGAGAUGCUGCAAUGAAAAAGGUUACUCUGUGAUGCACAAUAAGAAGAAAAAAAUCAUCUCCUUUACCCCCCCCUCACCCUCAGCUGUCUCUAACAGAGUAGCAGUGUAUGUGGAUUGUCCUGCUGGCAUUCUGUCAUUCUACAAAGUCUCCUCUGACUCACUGAUCCACCUUUUAACCUUCAACAUAACAAUCACUGAACCUCUUUAUCCUGGAUUCUACAUCUUUCCUGGUUCCUCAGUGUUUCUGUGUUGA